UUUAUCCAUGCAACCCAACAUUCCUGAAUUUAUUUAACAAAUACAUAUCGCAUCGCAUCGCAUCGCAUCGCACCGUAUUUCUCUUCUUCCUCAUCAGAAAACUUCCUAUCAAUCAUCUCUCAAAAUGCCUUCAAUUUUCCCUUCUCAAAAUACUCUUCACGAUGUAUUCCACCAUCCCCAUCCCUACGGUCGCCGAUCCGAACCAGCAAUUCAACCACCUACCACUCCUGUAUCCAAGCGCACCCCACUUCAAGCUCGUCCAGAGCUCUAUACAGCUUGGUCCGUCGUUGACGAUGCGAAGAAUAAAGCCAAUGCAUUGAGUGCAGAAGCUGCAAAGGAGUUUGAGAAAGCUAGUGCGAGUGCCCAGGCCAAAACUGGUAAAAUCGAGUUAUACUCGCCAAAGUUUUAUGCUGCUUGUACUUUUGGUGGAUUACUUGCUUGUGUGAGUGGCUUUCCAUUUAUCUUAUGAUAUUAAGGGUUUUGAAUUGGGAGACACUAUCUAUCUGUUUCAUUUUCCAUUAUGAAGCUGUUCCAAGGUACUUUGGAUUGCGCCCAGGAACUGGAGCCACGAUUGAUAAUACUUGACUCGACUUUCACCUGCGGGAUAUACACCAUUCAGCGAAUGAUAUUGGCCCGCUUUUCAACCCGUUUUAGUCCUUCACACAUUUAUCUACUUUCCACCCACUGAACUUCAUUUUGAAUUUCUGUGCUACCUGUUGAAAGGACGAUUAGCCAACUCUUCAGGACUGGGCAAUUGCCCAGAUGCCGCCGGGGUUGGGUGCCGGACUUGUGAUCCAUUGUCUCGCUAUUUCUUUCGUCAAAAGCUCGAUAGAUAGGCAUCACAAAAACCUACUUCCUUCUCAUUACCUAUCUCAUAUAUAGACUCAAAUAUGCAAAACCCUCCUACUAACCAAAAAUUUCACAGGGUCUCACCCACACAGCAGUUACCCCCCUCGAUUUAGUAAAAUGCCGUCGUCAAGUCGACUCCAAAAUGUACACAGGCAACUUCCAAGCCUGGGGUAAAAUCUUCCGCGCCGAAGGAUUCCGCGGUAUCAUGACCGGAUGGGGUCCCACAUUCUUUGGAUACUCCGCCCAAGGAGCAUUUAAAUACGGCGGAUACGAAUUCUUCAAGAAAUUCUACGCUGAUCUCGCCGGUCCCGAAAAUGCAUACAAGUACAAAACAUGGCUUUAUCUAUCCGCCAGUGCAUCCGCAGAAUUCAUUGCUGAUGUGGCACUUUGUCCUUUCGAAGCUGUAAAGGUUAGGAUGCAAACUACUAUUCCCCCCUUUGCGAAGGGUACUGCAGAUGGUCUUUCUCAGAUUAUAUCAAAGGAGGGAUAUGCUGGAUUGUACAAGGGCUUGUAUCCUCUCUGGGGUCGUCAAAUUCCAUAUACAAUGAUGAAGUUCGCAUCCUUUGAGACCAUCGUAGAAAUGAUUUAUGAUCGUCUUCCAGGUCAAAAAUCAGACUAUGGUAAAGCUGCUCAGACGGGUGUUUCGUUCACGGGUGGUUAUUUGGCUGGUAUUCUCUGCGCUCUCGUUUCGCAUCCUGCUGAUGUUAUGGUAAGCUCCCUCAUCCUCCUUGUCAAAUUUCCAACUUAAUCCCCACAGGUAUCAAAAUUAAACGCAAGCCGACUUCCCGGUGAAGCAUUCGGUGCGGCUACAGGACGUAUCUACAAAGAUAUUGGAUUCCGCGGACUCUGGAAUGGUCUUCCGGUUCGUAUCGUUAUGAUUGGUACUUUGACUGGUUUGCAAUGGAUGAUUUAUGUAAGUUUCUUUUUCUCAAUUCUUUGGUGGAUGGAUGAUGUUAAUCGUAGCGAAUAUAGGAUUACUUUAAGAUUUUCAUGGGAUUGCCAACGACGGGUGGAGCUGCACCUGUACAGAUUGUGCAGAAACGAAAUAUGGAAUAGGUAUGGUAUGGUAAUAGUGUAGGUAACUGAGAUCUUUUUGGAGAUUUAGGUUGGUUGGACGUUGGAGGAUAGGAUUGAUUCGAAUAAAUGGGUCUCCGCUCAGUAUCCCCGUAAUGCAAUUGACAAAUAUGUUUCAUAAAUU